CUAUGUGUGUGUGUGUGUGUGCAGGAGGUGGAGCUAAGAUUAGUGUCAGCUAAGAUUUUUUAUUCUCUCUGUCUUACACACACUCACUGACUCUGGUUUGUGUGUGAGAGUGGAGGAGCUGUUGAAGGUCGUCAUGACAGAAUCGUCCUGUGACUCCUCUCAUGUCCCUGAACACUGUUUCACUGUUUCAAAUGUUUUCAUUGUUUUUUUCUGUGAAUGAAUCACAAACAAACGAGUGAUGAGGCGAAGAACGAGUGAAGCUCUGAGUGAAGCUCAGCUGCUUUUAUUGACUUUGUUGAUGUUUGAGACGCAUCGAGACACUGUACAGAUGUUCAGGACUCAUUGUUUUCUCAUAGCUAUAAUCGUGAUGCCACUCAGCAUGUGUAGAGGUGAGAAGUGUGAGCAGAUCAUCGAUCUGAAUCUGACACACACUCUCCUCGGUACGCCUCUGGACGUUCGUCUGAUUCUCUAUACGCGAGAAAAUACCACCUGCGGAAAGUUGCUGUCCCAUGACGACCCUUUUGCCACGCCCAGUUUUAGCCACGCCCGCCCCUGCACCUUCCUCAUCCAUGGCUACCGGCCCACUGGUUCCCCCCCCGUCUGGAUGAACCAAAUGGUCGAGUCCAUCCUGAGCCUCAGAAACGUCAACGUCAUCGUAGUGGACUGGAACCAAGGAGCAGCCAACAUCAACUACUUCCAGGUGGUGAAGAAAACACGGGCCGUCGCUGACAACAUCACACGCUUCAUACAGCGAUCACAACUGCUUCUCAGUUCCAUACACAUGAUUGGUGUGAGUUUAGGCGCUCACAUUUCCGGCUUCACUGGCGCAAAUUUAAAUGGCUCCAUUGGCAGGAUUACAGCUCUGGAUCCAGCAGGUCCCUUGUUCCGAGGAAAAUCCCCUGACGAGCGCUUGGAUCCGUCUGAUGCUCAGUUGGUCGAUGCUCUCCACACAGACAUGGACGCGUUUGGGUAUCGGGACCCACUCGGACACAUAGAUUAUUACGCUAACGGGGGAUCUGAUCAGCCUGGCUGCCCAAAGACCAUCCUCUCAGGUUCACAGUAUUUUAAAUGUGAUCAUCAGCGCUCAGUGUUUCUGUAUUUGGACUCGGUAAACAAGUCUCGUCAGAUCACAGCGUAUCCGUGUUCUGAUUACUCUGACUUCCUGGAUGGGAAGUGUUUGAGCUGUGAGCUCUUUAACUCCUCCGGCUGUCCCGUGUUUGGUUACGAUGUGAUCAUGUGGAAGGACGUUCUCCGGAAGCUUGGACAGACGAAGACGUUUUUCACCACAAACCAAGACGCUCCAUACUGCAAAACUGGGUAUAAGGUGGAGAUCGUAAUCUGGAACUCUGAGGUGCGAUGGGGCUCCAUCACCAUCAUGCUAAAGAACAGCACACAGGAAACAGAAACUCAGAUUGACCAUAAGUCGUUUAAGUUUGAGCGAUACACCAACAACAUGCUGCUGGCGCAGUUCGAGCGAGACGUUUAUCCUGUGGAGAAAAUCACGCUGAAGUACGUGACGGGGAACGUGUUCACACCUCGCUAUAAACUUCGUGUCCUCCGCUUCCGCCUUACUCCUCUGAAGAGUGGCCUGAGACCGAUGUGCCGCUACGAUCUUCUGCUGGAGGAAAACAAAGGUGUCACUUUCAGACCCAUUCCCUGUUCCCACUCAAACUUCUGAUACAAGAACAAACGCUGAACUCCCACAGGCACGCAGACUGAGUGCACAACUGAUCAUCACUCACUCACUCACUCACUCACUCACUCACUCACUCACUCACUCACUCACUCCUUUACUCACUCACUCCUUUACUCACUCACUCCUUUACUCACUCACUCACUCACUCACUCACUCACUCACUCACUCACUCACUCACUCCUUUACUCACUCCCUCCCUCCCUCCCUCCCUCCCUCCCUCCCUCACUUACUCCUUUACUCACUCCCUCACUCACUCACUCACUCCUUUACUCACUCACUCACUCACUCACUCACUCACUUACUCCUUUACUCACUCCCUCACUCACUCACUCACUCACUCCUUUACUCACUCACUCACUCACUCACUCACUCACUCACUCACUCACUCCUUUACUCACUCACUCACUCACUCACUCACUCACUCACUCCUUUACUCACUCACUCCCUCACUCCCUCCCUCACUCACUUACUCCUUUACUCACUCACUCACUCACUCACUCACUCACUCACUCACUCACUCACUCCUUUACUCACUCACUCACUCACUCACUCACUUACUCCUUUACUCACUCACUCACUCACUCACUCACUCACUCACUCACUCCUUUACUCACUCACUCACUCACUCACUCCUUUACUCACUCACUCACUCACUCACUCACUCACUCCUUUACUCACUCACUCAAGGCCUCUGCAUGCUCUUGCGACAAGGCUUUCACAGAUAGCUUUUCGCAGACAGUUGUAAUUUAUUGUUGAGCGGGGAGUAAUAGGCGUGCGCGAUGUUAUUCACCGCCACAACGCAAGGGGGCGCGAAGUCGCUAGGAGUAGUUGGUGGGUGUGGUUAGUGGAGUGUUUAUCCUCCGGUUACUUAUAGUGACUAGAACUUUUUUUUUUAUAAUGACUAGAACUAGAGUCGUAUAGAUGUACGUACUUCCUCACUUCCUCGAUCAACCGCUCUUCGUGCUGCUCCAUCUUCGCUCGUGUUUUUAAAAAUGGCAGUCGUGAAAACAAAACAAACCAUGAAAGUAGGGAAGCGGAAGUGCGUGUACAGCGGAUGUAGAGUGGACCAAUCAGAUCCCUCUUGUCUGCGAUGCUGUCUGCGAGGCUUCUGCGGUGGUCACAAUUUUUGGGAGGUGCGCGCAGAGCGUCUGCGAAGGUGGGGGGGCUACGCAGACACUGUCUGCGAUGCUAUCUGCGAGGACUGGGUUGUCAGCAUAAAUUGGCCUUCACUCACUCACUCACUCACUCACUCACUCACUCACUCACUCACUCACUCACUUCCUCCCUCCCUCCUUUACUCCCU